CUUGUAUAUACCAUUCAUAUUUAAUUCGACGCGUGAGGAACUGGAAUAAUUGUUAGUUAUUAUCAAUUACAAUAUUGCUGUUACUGCCAGUAUUUCGUCAAUACAUAUUAUUUACAUUUUGUAUUAAGAACUUGUGGUCUAAAACAAUAAUAAGAUGGAGACAACAAUGGAUUACAGAAAUUUCAUUAAACCGUUCUCUGGAAGAAGACGACCCAAUAUAACAAGAGAGCUCACAAAACUGAACUACAAUGCCCCGAAAGAAGCAAUUUCUCUAGCAGAAGGUAUGCCAAAUGAAGCAACGUUUCCCUUUGAAAAAAUUACUGUCCAACUGAAAGAUGGUUCCAAUUUUACCCUUCGAGGACCGCAACUGGGCAGCGCCCUUCAGUACCUUCCAACGAGGGGUUAUCCACCAUUAGUUAAAACACUAUCAGAAUUUACCUAUUACGUCCAUCAGCCGCCAAAUUGGGAAGCUCGCGAACUCAUCGUUACAAACGGAUCUCAAGAUGGUCUUAGCAAAUGUAUCGAAAUGAUGUUAGAAGAAGGCGAUCCUAUUCUAGUACAAAACCCACUCUACGCAGGCAUAGAAGGAAUUUUGAAGCCAUUUAAAGCAUCUCUGAUACCAGUGCCACAAGAUCAAAAUGGGAUAAUCCCCAUUAUGCUCAAGAACGCCCUCGAGGAUUGGAAGAAAAGAUGCACCGCUGAUAAGGAAUUAAAAAUGCCGAAAUUGAUCUAUCUUAACCCGACAGGUUCAAACCCAUGUGGUGCAACAAUUCCGCUGGAACGCCGUAAGGAGAUCUACAAAAUUUGCUGCGAUUAUAACAUUAUCAUCUUAGAAGACAAUGCAUACUAUUUUAUUCACUUCAAUGGUCCAUCUCCGCCAUCAUUUCUUUCUUUAGAUACCGAAGGACGUGUUCUUCAUUUUGAUUCGUUCUCAAAGGUUCUUAGUUCCGGCUUAAGGCUAGGUUGGGUUACUGGCCCCUCAGUUCUCAUACAGAAUCUAGAACUUCACAUACAGAGUGCUCAUCUACAUUCCAGCACAUUAUCUCAGGUCAUGGUUCAAAAUCUUUUGAAAACUUGGGGAUUUGAGAAGCUGAUAGCUCACUUUGGUACCGUCUGCAGCUUUUACAAAAUUCGAAGGGAUUGCACUGUGGCAGCUAUGGAGAGACAUUUGAAGGGUCUCUGUGACUGGGUGGUUCCAUCUGGCGGCAUGUUUGUUUGGAUAAAAGUUCGCGGAGUAGGAGACGUCUACGAUAUGCUUUUGAACAGAGGGGUGAAAAAUAAGCACGUUACCUUCGUUCCCGGCCACGCUUUCAUGGCCGAUCCUAAUCAAGCCUGCAACUACAUCAGGGCAGCUUUCAGCAAAGCUUCGCCCAAGCAAAUCGACAAAGCUAUGAGCCUUUUGGCGGAACUCAUAAGAGAGGAAAAAGUUUUGUUGCAGAGGAAGUUGAGUAAUUGUACUUAGUUUUUAAUGUGGAUGUAGUACGCCAGAUGGAAGGCCUACGGUACACAAUGUUUUCUACAUACUUAGUAGCUCCAAUUAUACAGAUUUCUGUUUUAUAAAACGUGUAGGGGGUAAGAAGACGAGAAACCGAUUAGAUAUCUAUUGACAGUAUCUUUGUGCUGUUUUUAUUUACUUAAUCGAAAAGCAAAUUGAUUUACUUCAAAAGUAUACCUUCGAUUGGAAGAAAAUCAAACAAAUUAUUCUGCUCCCAGUGGGAGAAAAAUAAUAAGUAAUAACAAUGUUCCUUACUGGAAUACUACAUCCGAUACCUAUUAUAAGUACGAAUGUACUUUGCAGGGAAAAUGACUUUUGUUGCUAUGUACUAUUACUAUAGCAAAUAGAGAAAUACAAUUAAUUAUAUUUAUAUAUUAUCUAUUUAUUUAUACACUAUGAGUAGAAUAACUAUUUAUAUUAUUAAUUAAAACGUAGAUAUUGUUCUGCGCAAAUUUCUUAGACUAGCAGGUAAUUAUUGAUUGUAUUAUGUUUUUCUACAAAAAAUAUAUAAAACUCAAAGUCA